AUGAGAAAUUAAAGGAAAUCAUAAGUAACUUAAAAUUUCCAGUUUUUUAGAGUCCUUUUAGAACUAAUUAAUCUAUUAUGAGAGACAGUCCAAAUACUUAAUUAGAUGAAUCAAGCAUAUCAACCAAUAGGAUACCAUAAAAUAGAGAAUCAACAAGAGCUAGAAUGAAGAUUAAUUAAUCUCAUAAUAAUGCUCUAAAUUAAGGUGGAUAAAUUAGAAAAUAAAUUGCAAAUGAAAGAACAUCAGCUAAAGGUGGCAAUCCUAAUGAAUUCAAUCCAAAGAAAUUUGUGACUAAAGAUCUGAAAGUAAUUAUGGCAAUCUAUUACAGGAAUCUGAUAUUAUAGAUAUCAAACAAGUUUUUGAUUAUUAUGAUUCUGAAUAAGCAGGCAUUUUAUCACCAAAUGAUCUAGAGUAAUUACUUAUUAGUUUUGGUUAUCAUCCAACUAAAGAGACUCUAUAUGGUAUUAAGGUUUCAAUCAUUACCUUUUAGAGAUUUUUUCAGAAUUAGAUGAAGAUGAAUUAGGAGGAAUUACAUUUGAAUAUUUUCUUUCCAUUUUGAAUCAAGACAAAUCAAAAUCAGAAAGAAAGGAUACAAUCAGAAGAGUAUAUAGGAAAUAUGAUAAAAACAAUAAAGGUUUCAUAACACUUCAAGAUUUAAGAUAAGUAGUUUACAAAGAUUUGAAAGAAGAAAUUGAUGAAGAAGUCUUAGCAGAAGUAAUUUUUAGGAAUAAAAAAAGAUCUUUAAAAAAGCAGACUCUAAUCAAGAUGGAAAGAUGACAUUUGAAGAUUUCUAUAAUGUAAUGACCAAAAAGGUGUAUUAUUGAUAUUAUUAUACAGUGCAUAUUUAAUUAUAAUGUCUUUCUUUAUAAAAUUAACACAAAGAACUAAAAGAACAUUAUCAAUAGGUAUGAUAUGCUAACUAUGAAUUAGAUUUCUAAAUUUAGGGAGGUUUACCUUAAAUUAAGGUGAUAAGAUCUAGGGCAUAUACUUUCAACAAAACAAAUAUCAACAAAAACUCAAUUACUGUUUCUCCUAGAAGCAAUUAAAAAUCACCUAAGAUUAUUUUAAAACCUGUAAUAAGUGAUUAUUAUUUUUUUAAGUUGUAAAGUUGUCUUAAAGAUUCGCCCCUUUAAGUCUUAAAAUGUACACCAAAAAAAUAAUUUAAAAUACAACCUACUCGUGACUUUAGUGUCUCUGGAUUUGAAACUACUGAUGUAGAGAUAGAAGAUUUCUUGCUUUAAUCAUAUGUUUAAAAAUAAUGA